GCGUUGCGGGCUUGCGGCGGUGGAACGGAGAGAGGGAGUGUGUUGUGUGUGCGAUUUCGCGCGUUCACCGCGAUUCCGAAUUGUUCUCUGACAGAUUUGGCGGCGAGUGGACAGUCGAGUCGCGAUCUGGCUACACGACUGAGCGGGCGAGCGCACUUGUUCGCGAGAGUUGGCCGACGAGAUGUCCGUGAUGGGUAAGCCGGUACUCUACUCCUAUUGGCGGAGUUCCUGUUCGUGGAGGGUGAGAAUUGCAUUGAACCUAAAGGAGAUACCAUACGACAUAAAGCCUGUGAGCCUGGUAAAGAGUGGUGGCGAACAACAUUCCAAUGAAUUUCGAGAGAUUAAUCCGAUGGAACAGGUCCCUGCACUCCAUAUUGACAAUCACACGUUAAUAGAGUCUCUGAACAUCUUGCAAUACUUGGAAGAGACUAGACCGAAUCGUCCACUGCUGCCGGCAGAUCCUGUGAAAAGAGCGAGAGUAAGAGAAAUUUGCGAAGUGAUCGCUAGUGGCAUACAACCGUUGCAGAAUCUUGUUGUUCUGAUUUACGUCGGGGAGGAACGCAAAAAGGAAUGGGCACAGCAUUGGAUUACGAGAGGAUUUACAGCUGUAGAAAAAUUAUUAUCGUCGAGUGCGGGCAAGUAUUGCGUCGGUGACGAGAUUACGUUAGCGGACUGUUGCCUAGUGCCACAGAUAUUUAACGCGCGAAGAUUUCACGUCGACCUGAGGCCCUUCCCCACAAUUCUAAGGGUGGAUCGUCAUCUGGAGCAUCAUCCAGCUUUCACCGCAGCUCAUCCCAACAACCAGCCCGAUUGUCCACCCGAGGCGACCAAGUAGCAAGCGAGGCAGACCACCCUUUUCCUCUUCUAAGUCUUUAGACGGACGGGAAAAGGUGGUCUGACAUCAUGUGGUUGCAUAGUGAGAAAAGGUGAACCCAAUUCAUUUAUAUCAGUCAGAGUUGUGUCAAUCGUACGAAGCUAUAUUUCUUUAAUGCAAAUUUUGCUUCUAUUUACAUAAGUAAAAUUGCAAAAAUUGGACUCGGAUAACUCAGAUAAGGGUUGUAUGUGCAACUUUACAUAAUCAUGAAAAAAAAAUCUUUAUUUAGGAUUGUAUUGAAAGGAUAUUCAAUACAAUCCUUUUUGCCUGAGUUAAGAUUUAAGUAUAGAAGAUACAUUCCUCAAGAAAUUAAAUAGACUGCGAUUAAAUUUGCAUUCAAUGCAAAUGUAAUGCGAGAUAAAUAAAAAAUUGGUGUUGUACAGAUAUACAGAAAUAUAGAUGUGAUACUUUGCGUUAAAUGCAUAAGCAAAGAAAUCAAGUCAAAUCCUCAAGUACAAUGAAAAUUGAUACAUUGUAUGUAUUUUUCAUUAGAGAUGUUUCAAUGAGUCCAAUCGUUGCAAUAAGUGUGUACAAUAGUGAGAAAUUAAUUUCUGUUUGUACCGCGUGUUCAAUCAAUUAUUAAAUGGUCAUUUCACUUUAAUAUGAUAUUUACAUAAAACAUUCCAAGAAAAUCGAAUUGAUCGAGUUACACCUUUUAUCACUUAUAAACUGCGUAUCGGUACUGAAAUGGUUAGCGGCGCGAUACAACAGGCAAUAGUCUUGAUUUGACGUGUUAUAGGUACUGUACUAUAAUGCCGCUUAUCGUAAAAGAGUCACUCGCACCAUUUCUGUACUUGCAUUAAAGAAAGAUCAAUAUUUGGCCUAGCUUUUCAUGUUUUGUUACGUUUUCCACAAUUUUACGUAAUCAAGCGAAAUUUUAUAAAGAUAUAUAUAUGAUAUUGACUUAUUCCUUGUAUAGGUUGAAAUCAAAGUUUAUUUUUUACAUCCUUAUAAUUUGUAUUUUAUUUUCGCUUACAUAGCGUUAAAGGAAAAAAAGAGGUUGCUAUUAAAUCCUAGUGAAUGAUCCUAGUGAAAUGUUCGCUGGUACAUAGAAUAGCGAUUCGUAUUUUUAUGUGAUAUGAAGUACACGGAAACAAAUUCAAGUCGAGUGAAGGGAUUAAAUUCGAAGGGAAACGUGUAAUAAGGGAAUGCGCUCUGCUCAAUAUCCCCCAGAAUACCAAUAUGUAAAAGAAAAAGUACAAAUCAUCUAUUUCCUUUGAUAUUCCAGUUUCAAACUGCAAUAUAUUUGCUUGCUUCAUUUAUACACUUUGCAUAUCUUCCAAAUAAGAUAUUUAGUAAUCCCAAUCGCGCUAGACUAGUACAGUAUAUUUUUCAGCGUUUCACUUGUGCGUCAUCCCAACUAUUUGUUACGAGUACUAUACUUUGUACAUCAUGUAUCGAAAAACCGUCAGGAAUAUUUUUCCGAAAUUUAAAAGAAGAUUUUUUAUGUGUUUUUGUUAUUCUCCCAUUACUUUGUUUUAAAUUUCGGAGGAAUUCAUUAAAAUAAAAGUGCAAAUGAAGCAAACAGAUUUGUUGUAUCCUUUUUCUGUAUAAUACCGUGCGUAGUGUACUUUUUGAUCACGAACUAAUGUUUAUAUAGGCGUAAACAAUAUUUCUUUCUAAACUCGCAAAGAAAGAUAUUUGCUGCGUAACUACAGUCAGAUUAUCUGUGAUUUGAGUUACGUUAUGCAGAAUUCAAGUAAUUUCCGACGUUGCUGCGAAGAAUAAAAAUGUGCCAUUAAAACGCCAUUUUACAUAGUACAAUCGCGAACAAUUUCCAAUGCAAACGAGAAACACGUUUCGACGCUGACAGAAUCAAAGUACAUAUUUAUGCUCUUACAAAUAGUUUUUCCGGUUCGAGCAUAAGCAGAGAUUAUAUGAUAUUAAUAUUUUUCACGAAUCUUUUGAUAGGAUCGCUUAUUGUAAAGCCACGUUAUACAUAGUCCUCGUGUGCCGCGAAAACUUUUAUACGCGAACGUACGUUUGCCAAAAAGUCAAGUCUUGUAGAUAUUAAAUACGACUGACCGAACUGAUAAAUCCAGAUUCCAUUGGCAUUCUUCCUUAUUGCUGCGUUAUCCUUCUUGUCCUCGUUUUUUACAAACACGUUACGAUAUCUAUGUAAUUGGAAUCUCAUGUACAACAUCAAUGAGUCUUUAUGUAACGCGCACUUUGUAACUGCCUUUUUGACACUUUUUCAGAUGACUACUUCUUCCAUGUAGCCUCCAGCCUUCGCAAUUAUUUUUCUAUAGGAGAUAUAGUGUUACAUAACGAAGGUUUACUUCUUUCUGUAUUUUCUCUGAGAUGGAGCAAUGAGAAUUAAAUAUAUAUAAUAGAAUAUAUCGUCGCAAAUUUAAAAAAAAACGUCCUACAUAUAGUGCUCUGGGACAAGUAAGACAUGUAUUCCGUGUUUAUACACACCCCACACGUGCACACAGCCAUAUAUUAAUCUACCGAGUGAUUAGAUAAUAAUGUAUAUAAUCUUUGUACGAACUAUCCUCACUUUCUGCAACAUGCACGACGUCGACGAGACGAGCGUACUCGAAAUUGAACGUAACUUUUAUGCAUGUUUGGUGACAGCUCUAAUGCAUACGAUGCAAUUCAAUCUAUGGAAAAAAGAUGUGAGCAAAUCAGGAUCUUUGCUAUGUUAAUCUUUAGUGUAUUUAAGAAUAUUUAAGGAUUAAUUAACGAGAUCUCGCAUUGAAGUGUGAAUUUUAUCAAACUUUCGUAAAGCAGUCUAUGAAUACGAAACAUUGAUUUUAUCAAAAAUAAGCUGUGUUGCUGUAGUUGUUCGUGGCUGUAUUAUUGUAUGACAUCUGAUAUCUUAAUAAUAAUUCAUUCCUGGAAUUACGGUUGCAUAAAAUCAAAAUUACUCGAUUUACAAGUGAAGAAAGAAUAAAAUUUUGUCUAUUCGAUCUUUGUGAUUUAAUUUGCGAUAACAUUUAAGCGACUGCUAAUAAAUCUAGCUCUCCAAUUUUUCUACUUAGUUUUUUUAUAUUUUUAUGUUAUGUGUAGCCCUUUGUAAGAAUUUUUACUUUCGAUUAAAAUGAAAAUGAAAAAAAAGUUACGUUUUAUACAUCAAUUGCAAAUCUUUCUAUAUUCCGUAUUUCUAUACGAGAGAAAAAGCAAGUUGCUUUGUUCCAAUUGCCUUUUUUACUCUCUACUAUUCUCACUUGGUAGAUUCGGCUUUUGUGAAAUUUUAAAUUUAUAGACAUUUUAGUGCUACAUUUGUUUUUCCUAUCGUGAUCUUCAAUCUCGAAGAUUUGGUUUUUACAUUGAAAAUGACAACUUAGUUAUAUGAAUAGAGAUCCUUGAUUAUGUUUAUUCUAAAUUACGUAUAAAUUUUCAAAUAUCCUGUGUUCGACGAAUCGUACAGAACUUGCGUAUAAUACACGUAUAAAAGAAGUAAGAAUAAUACGUUUUUUAAGAGAUUGAAAUAAAAUACUGUAUAAUACUUUGUACAAUAUAAGCCACUCUCCAUUUUUGCUUUUACAACAUUCAUGUGUACUUGAGAUGUUUCGAUGAUUUUGAUUGCAACUUGAUUUUAUGCGUGUGAUAUGCAGCUUUCGCAUCGAUCUUACGUAACACGAAUUGCAUACUAGUAUCACUGUAUAGUUCGAUGAAAUAAUGGCAGAAGCGUGCUACACCACUCUCCCGUUAUAAUUUUAACUAGAUUUCAGACGGCGUAAAAUUUUGUGAAAAAAUGCGUGAGGUACGUUAAGUGAGCAAAUGGGAGUGUACAAUAAAUAUAGUGACUGAUAUGUCGAUCUGAAAAUAGUUCAGAGCGCAUAGAUAUUUUAUAAGCGAAAAAAUUAUUAUUGUGUACGUUCACACUGCUUAUAGCGAAUAAAAGCGUCUGUGUCAAUACUGUAUGCUGCAUCAAUAUAUAUAUACUACUUUAUAGUAGUCACGAGGAAAAGAUCAAAACAGUAAGUGCAUUCGUAACUGUAUACUUAUUAUUCGAAUAAAACUAUGUUUUCUCUGUA